CUUUCCUUAACAGUUUUUUCCACCAAGAUUUCAUGCCCAUGUCUUCUUCUUAUGCCUUUCUCUUAUAAAGAAUCCAGAAUGUUGCCUGGAAGACAACUGAUCAUUUUUUAGUUGUCUGUACCUCAGGCAGCCGGAGAAGGCCGGGCAAGCAAUCUUGGUGGCGGCGGUGGUGGUGCCCUUAAGAAACAAAAACAAAAAUAAAAUCAUAAUUCAUCAUCAUCGUCGUCAUCAUCAACCAUCAUGCCGAACAAGAACUUUUUGGGUAAUCCGACGACUUUUAGCCUGGAUGGAGUUAUUCAUGACAGGCCAGGGCAAUCUCAUACCUGUUACCUUACGAAUGCGACUUUGGACCAUGGAAUGUGGACGGAUAUUAAUCCAUUGAGCAGGAAACUCCCUAUGUUCGUCAUUCAACUUAUUAUUGUCAUGACCAUAACUCGACUCCUCCUCCUCCUCGCGAAACCUCUUCGUCAACCUCCUUUUGUAGCAGAGUAUUUGGCUGGUCUAGCGAUCGGGCCAUCAUUGUUGUACAUUUUGCCCGGGUUUCUUGCUGGCCCUCUAAGGAAAUUCAUCCUCAACACAGUCUUUGCCGUCCCUCGGGUUAUGAUGAUGGAGACAGUUGCAAAUUUAGGGCUCAACUAUCACCUGUUCUUCCUUGGAUUAGAGAUGGACUUAACUGCGCUAACACGAGUUGGAAACAAAGCUUUAAGCAUUGGCGUAUCGGGAUCUUUGUUCUCCUUCGUGGUUGGUGCUGCAUUCUACUAUUUUGGUUUCAAUCGGUACAAAGAAAACUUCGCUUUGGGUUGCCUUUUCUGGGGUUCCGUCCUGUCAGUCACAGGCCUACAAACAGUUGGCGAUUUGCUCGUGAAGUACAAACUCCUCCAUUCCGAAUUUGGGAGAGUCAGUUUGUCUUCAGCAUUGGUUAACGGAGUUGUUUCUUGGAUACUUCUCCUGAUUUGCGCCUCAAUGACGAGUAGCGGUCAGAUGUUCUUCCUGUCGUUGUGGAUGGGACUUGUGUUAGCCGGUUUUUUCUUCUACGCGGUCAGGCCAGCAAUCUUAUGGGCGAUCAGACAAACUCAAGAAGGCGAAGAGUUCAGCGAAUCCACCGUCUGUGUUACGCUGACCAUGGUUUUGUUCUGUGGCUUGUUGACUGAUAUAUGUGGCCUCAGUUCCUUGUAUGGUGCAUUUGUGUUUGGGCUGAUCAUACCAAAGGAGGUUCUAGGGCAGAGAUUUCUUAUGGUGCUUCAAGGUUUUGUCUCAGAUUUGUUAUUACCUUUGUACUAUGCUAGUGUAGGGAUGAGAGCUCAUCUGGAUAGUUCAGUGCUUCCUAAAUCAGGGGAUUGGUUGGUGGUUCUUCAAGUCAUCUUUCUAGCUUUUCUGCCCAAACUCACCACAACUUUGGCUGUUUCUUAUGUCUACAAAAUCCCUUUUAGAGAAGGAAUAGCCAUUGGAGUCCUCAUGAAUGCCAAAGGCCUUGUUGCUCCCAUCGCCUUAACUUGGGGGCGCGACCAUUUGGCACUGGAUGAGCAUGGAUAUGCUAUGAUGAUAUUGCCAAUAGCAAUAAUGACAAUGGUAGCAUCACCAAUCUUGGGGUAUCUUUACAAACCAAAACGACAUUUCUCACCAAGCAAACAUAGGGCACUUCAGAAACUCAAACCCGAUGCCGAGCUUCGAAUUCUCGCUUGCAUCCACGAACUCCAAAGUGUUCCUGGCAUCACGGCCCUGAUCGAAGUUGCCAAUGCGACGAGAAGAUCGCCGAUUUGUUUAUUCGCGCUCCAACUGAUCCGCCUCGCGAAACACACGACGGCGCUGCUGAUCGAACACGGCCCCUGCGGUGGCACCAGCGGCUAUCAGAACAACCGAAGAAUCGACGGGCAAACUGACCAAAUGAUUGCCGCCUUCGAAAUUCUGGAGCAAGAAAACAACUUCAUUUCGGCUCAGCCGCUCACCGCCAUGUCGGAUUACGCGACGAUGCACGAAGAUGUUUGCACGAUCGGGGAGGAGAAACGGGUCAGCCUCAUCGUCUUACCGUUUCACAAGCGUCAAACGGUUCAUAACCGAAUGGAAGAUGUCAACCCGGCUCACAAAGAAAUAAACGAGAACAUACUAACAAAUGCGCCUUGUUCAGUCGGGAUCCUCGUGGAUCGCGGGUUCGGGUUGUAUUCGAAGAGAGAAUCCGAAGCUGAGACUGACACAUUAAUCCGAGUCUGUAUGCUAUACAUUGGCGGACGCGACGACAGAGAAGCACUCACCUUCGCUUCGCGAACCAUCGCGAAUCCAAAGGUGUUGUUAACCGUGAUUCGGUUCACCCGUGGUGGCAAAAAUGUAGAGGAAAACGGCAAGAAUAAUAAUAAUAACAAUCAAGUCAAUGCAGUAAAACUAGACAUCGAAACCGAACAACAACAGGAUGAGGAAUUCAUUCAUGAGUUCAGGCAGAGAAACAUGGACAGAGAAAACUUGAGAUACUUGGAGAAAGAGUCGCAAAACGGGGCGGAAACCGUCACGAUAAUGAAAUCGGUGGCGGAAAGCUUUGAUGUGUUUAUAGUAGGGAGAGGGUUGGGGAUGACGUCACCCUUAACCGCAGGGUUAGAAGAUUGGAGUGAGUACCCAGAAUUGGGAGCCAUUGGGGAUCUUCUGAUAUCAUCAGAUUUUCCUUCAACAACAUCUGUGUUUGUAGUGCAACAGUAUCUUGGGACGACUUCUGAUCAUAAAAAGGAUGAUCAGGAUGCAUCAGUCAAAGGAAAUACUGUUGUUGCUAAUAAUAAUAAUGUAAAGGCAGACAAAGAGUUGGAUGAGAUCAAUCCUUGAUAAAUAUGGUUGAAUUUACCAUGAUUUUUUUUUUUUUUUGGUUCAAAUUUUCUGUUUGCA